GUCAAUCUGUCGUCGUCUCCGCCCAACAACAGUACAGUACAAACACAUCAUUUUUGGAAAGGUCAAAACAUGCGAGGCGGACAGCCUGCUGUGGAAAAACGAAUAUUUUGCACCCAUAACCUCCUGAUACGCAACGUUGACCAAGAGACUUCUUCCGUUGUGUGUAUGCUAGGCAAAAAGCUGGAGCGUGUUCAAGGGAGGAAGGAGACUUGUGCACGGACAGCGGGGCUCUUUUAAAGGACAGCAACAAUGAAGUUCGCUCAGUUUCUGAUGAAAAAUAGCUCAGUGGCCGGAAUACCCAAGCAAGUGGAGAGGUUUUCCAAGUUCUCGCCGUCGCCUUUGUCGAUGAAGCAGUUCAUUGACUUCGGCUCUGCCAAUGCGUGUGAGAAGACUUCCUUUGUGUUCCUGAGGCAGGAGCUCCCUGUCAGGCUGGCUAACAUCAUGAAGGAAAUUGAUUUCCUCCCGGACAAGCUCCUCGGCACUCCUUCCCUGAAGCUCCUCACCAGUUGGUAUUCACAGAGUUUGUUGGAGCUUGUAGAGUUUUUAGAGAAAGAUCCAGACGAUAAGGACACCCUGACAAACUUCACGCAAACGCUGAUUAAAAUCCGCAAUCGGCACAACAACGUGGUGCCCACAAUGGCUCAGGGUGUGGUGGAGUUCAAGGAUGCCUUUGGCGUGGACCCCGUGACCAACCAGAACGUCCAGUACUUCCUGGACCGCUUCUACAUGAGCCGCAUCUCCACGCGCAUGCUCAUGAACCAGCACACAUUAAUCUUCGACGGCAGCGUGAACCCGGCACACCCCAAGCAUAUCGGCAGCAUUGAUCCCACCUGUGACGUUGUGGAGGUCGUAAAAGUGGCUUGUUUUUUUUUCAUUUUUUUUCAUGGAGAUGCCUAUGAAACAUCAAAAAUGUUGUGUGAGCAGUAUUAUCUGACCUCACCGGAUAUGGAAAUCACACAAGUCAACUCCAAAAGCCCAGACCAGCCCCUCCACAUUGUUUAUGUGCCAUCGCACCUUUACCAUAUGCUUUUCGAGCUCUUCAAGAAUGCAAUGCGAGCAACAGUUGAAACUCACGAGACGAGCCUAUCGUUGCCUGCCAUCAAAGUGCGCGCCUCACUGGGCACUGAGGACCUGACUAUCAAGAUGUCUGACAGAGGAGGUGGAGUCCCUCUGAGGAAGAUCGAGCGGCUCUUCAGCUAUAUGUACUCCACAGCUCCCAGUCCUGUACAUAUCGACAACUCUCGUAACGCCCCCCUGGCUGGUUUCGGCUAUGGCCUCCCCAUCUCCCGUCUCUAUGCCAAGUAUUUCCAAGGCGACCUGCAGCUCUACUCUAUGGAGGGCUACGGAACUUCAGCUGUCAUAUACUUAAAGGCCCUGUCCUCGGAGUCGGUGGAGAGGCUCCCCGUGUUCAACAAGUCAGCCCUGCGCCACUACCAGUCCAGCACAGAGGCCGACGACUGGUGCAUGCCCAGCAAGGAGCCAAAGAAGCUGGGCAGGAGCGAGAGGACUCACUCAUGAUAGACUGAAGGAGGUAGUGGAGAAAAUACAGUAGAUAGUGGUAUGAGCGAAAAGAUACAAGUUGGGGAGAAAUGUCUUUGGCCAGUUGCGAUCAGAAUAUAACUGAAUUUUAUUAUUUGUCUUGAGACCAUAACGCAGCAGAUUUUAUUGAAGCUUGCAUUUGCUCCUCUCAUUUUUUUGGUUAUAAUAACACACAUACUCCAUAAAAUAAUCCGACGAGCUGCUUUAAAUUGACAAACAAUAGGUUUUGUUUUCAUAAAAAUCAACAAUGUUUCAGAAUGCUGUCUAUGGUAAAUUCAUUGUAUUGGGUCGCUAUUUUAAUUUGAAUCUUGCAUCAGGUGACUUUGUUGGAACUGUGUGCCCUCGGAAACAAGUUACAUAAACAAUACUAAAAUGUUAAAGGUGCUAGUUGUAAAAGCCAGUCACUUUUCUCUUCUUUACGUAACCACUUUACGUAUAAUUCUUCAUUUAAUAUUUUACAUGUUUUUUAUCGUGACAGUUCUAUAUUUCAAUGACAGACCUUGGCACAAAACCUGUGUUAAAGCAUUUACAGUAGAGUGUGACGGGACCAAUUACCUUGCUUCUUUACAUUUGUCAUCUUUAAUAUACAGUAUCGUAUAUGUCAUGAUGGCUCACGUAUUAGCAGUAUGCACAUUUCCUGUAAAGCCUCUUAAAUGGGUGGUUUUACAUAAAAGCAAAAAGCAGAAUUUUACCAUAAAAAAAGAUAUUGUUAGACAUCACUUAUACAAUGUGCUUCACGUCACCUGAUCUUCCAAACAUUUUACAGUGACUUCCUUUUGAAGAGGUCGUACGAAUGUAAACACCGAAAAGCCUAAUCUAAGUAGACCGUUCCCCCAAAGUACAUUACGGUGGUUCUGUCCACUUGGUGUAGGUGAGCCAGAUAAACAUACUUUUGCAAAAUGACUGUUUAUCUGCUCAGUUACUCAGUUGUACCAUAUUUUAAGUAUUUUAACUUCUUCAGUAAAAUGUACUAGAAAUUUUAGAAUAUCAACCAAUGCAUAUGAGGACCCAGCCAGCUGAAAUGUUUUUACCGCUUAAAAAGGAUAAAGAAUGAAUAUGCUGAUGAAUGUUAAUUUCCAUUAGGAAGAACCGCACGUUCUUGUUUGAAAGUAGGACUGCUAUGUACAGUAUACAAAGUAAUUUGUUAGUACUGUUGCAAAUGAAAGUGGAGGAUUGUAUUACUUUGCUACUGUAGCAACAAGUGAUUUUGAAUGACAAAUGGCCUUUAUACUACCUAAUGUGCAAACAUGCUGAUUAAUAUAAUAUUAUUAUUAAAUAUUUUAUUUAUUCUAAUUAUUAUUAUUAAAUAUUAUGCACGCUGUCGUGAUAUAAUGGACGUUGCCUUUUAAUGUCUUUAAUACAUCCCAUUAAGAGUAUCAAUGAGCCUUUUCACAAGAAUUUGGUAGGAUUUUGAACAAAAUGUUUUGUAGUAUUAUGGUACUCUAGUUCAUUUUUUGUAAUGAAUUCAUGUAAAAAUCACCUAAUCUCUAUAACCAUUGGGCCAGUUUCUGGCACAUUUAGUGUCCGCAGUUUUUCUGCCUUGUAACUAAACACUUUUCCGUACAAAAUUCUUGUGAGGCCACACUGAGCCCAACAUAUACUGUACAUUAUUUUUACAAUAUUAUUGUAAGUCACUUAAAGUGUGUAUAUGUACUUUACAUUUCCUCCUAACUGAAUGUUUAACAUUUCGUAUGCUUCCAUUUCAAAUGUUGUAUUUUACCACUAACCACAAAAAAAUGCAGGGGAAAAAAACUGCAAAAACAUCA